AUGGCAAGGAGACCAACGCUGCUUGGAAAUGUGCCGCCAUCCGGCUUCACGCUGGCCGGGCCUGCGGAGCCAGCACCCCAAACUCACCAGCCAUACGUUGACCCAGGCUAUGCUGAGCUUAACCCAGCAUACGAGCAGCCGACAAAUGCUCGUCCGGUCUGGGGUUUGGCAAAACCCCUGCCUCGUGUCGUGCGUCCCGGCAUGGUGCCUACUCCUGGAACUACAACCCCCACUGAGACGGAGAAACCACCAAUUGAUCCGGAUAUAGAAAAAGGUAGAGUGGAUCAGACCCUGAACCUGGGCAGGAUCUCAUCCCAUCUCAGAGAUGCACAUCCCACCUCACCGCGAUCCGAGGAGCCACCGUUCUUACAGGUUCCCUCGGCGGAUCGACCAGGCCGGGUCUCAAAGGAAGAGGACGGCUUUGUACCACAUGACAGCAGAUUUCCCGAUGACGCCUCGAGUGCAGCUACCGAGAUUGAUGACGGUGGAGACUGGGUGGACGAGGGCUUGGCUUUGAUGCCCAUCCGUACUACAGAAGAAAUUCAUAAUCAUCACACUCACUGGAGCGUCGUCAGGACCAGAUAUCGGGAGGAAUUGGCUGAACUUUUGGCAGUAAUCGUACAGCUCACCCUUGGCUUUUGCGCAGAUCUUGCUUCAACAACAUCCGGUGGUGCCAGCGGAGAUGCUCUCGCUGCUAAUCUGUCCUGGGGUCUUGCAACCAUGAUCGGGAUUUACAUAGCCGGUGGUAUUUCCGGUGCUCAUCUCAACCCAGCAAUCUCCAUAAUGCUCUGGAUCUACCGUGGUUUCCCUCUCCGAAAGGUCCCGCCCUACGCUUUCGUUCAGAUUCUCGGCGCCUUCAUAGCCGCAUUGAUCGCAUUUGGCGUCUACAAAACCCAGAUCCUCAAGUACGGCGGGAGUGACCUGGCCGUCGGUGGAACAGCCAAUGCCUUCCUGACAGGUCCUCGAAACAGCGAUGUUGGUGUUGGAACCGCUUUCUUCACCGAGUUUGUCGCCACAGUCAUCCUGGCCAUCGCAGUCCUUGCUCUUGGUGACGACACUAAUGCCCCUCCUGGCGCGGGUAUGAGCGCGUUCAUUAUGGGUCUGGUCAUUACCGUUGAAAGCAAUGCCUUCAGUAACAACACUGGCUGUGCGAUGAAUCCAUCUCGCGACUUCGGUCCCCGGCUUGCGCUUCUCGCCCUGGGCUAUGGAAAUGCAGGGUUCACUAGCGGAUACUGGGCCUACGGUCCCUGGGCUGCCGCGAUUUCCGGUGCCAUUGUAGGUGGUGCGCUGUACGACAUUGCCAUCUUUGUUGGCGGCGAGAGUCCGAUUAAUUACCCAAGGAGUAGAAUAAAGAGAGCACAUGUGAAGUGGAGGAGGAAGUGGGCAACCCGGUUGAGGCUAGACAAGGUUCGCAGGCGUAAGGCUGGCCAACUGAAAGGAAAGGCAUAA